UUUGCUUCCUUCCUCGCUGGUUCUUUGACUCUUUUCUCUGCCCAGGAACCAUUGAUCUCCAUUCCAUGACAAUCUAUUUCAGCGUUUUCUUGACGAAUCAAAAGAAGAACAUUAGCACCUAAAGAAGAUUUUUCAAAGAACACUCUUUAACACAGAUCGGUGUCUCUGGGCAUGUAUUCACCCCAACUUCCACUGGCGCGAGCCUCCUCCUCCUCCUCCGAGUCACCACACGCAGACCCAGGAGACCUAGAAGCUUCUCUGCUCCAAUUACUCCACAACCAUCACCACGCCUCUCUCAGACUCCGCGACCACACCGAGAGAGCGAGGAAGGAAGCGAUUCGAAAUGCGGGGCGAGUUUCGGAUCUGUUGGUGGACGCUGUGAACGGUGGAGUGCAAGGGGCCUUCAUCAACGAGAAGCGGAUCGAACUCGAGAUUCGAGCGUUAGCGGUGACGAUAGCUCGGUUCAUGAAGCAGACCGAUCAGUGGCUCGCCGCGACUCAUGCUAUAAACUCCGCUGUCAAGGAAAUUGGAGACUUUGAGAAUUGGAUGAAGACCAUGGAGUUUGAUUGCAAAAGCAUCAACGCUGCAAUCCACAAUAUUCACCAAGCAUGAUCUAACACCAAAGUUAUUUAUUACUUUUGCCCCCAUUUGUAAUUUGUGAAUGCCCCUUUUCUUUUUUAUAUGUUUCUCUGCCUAAGUAUCAUAACUUUGGAGUCGAUCUAAUGCUUGCACUCGGCAGUCAGCCGGCCAUGGUGGAGUCAAUCUAAUGAGGUUCAGAGCAUCUUCCCAUGGUGGUCUGUUUCUCUUCCUAA